AUGAACAAGGAGCGUCGUCUGCUGCGCACACCCAAGUGUGCGCGUUGUCGCAAUCAUGGCGUCAUAUCCUGCGUCAAAGGCCACAAGAAGCUUUGUCGCUGGCGCGAAUGCUGCUGCCCCAAUUGUCAACUAGUUGUGGAUCGUCAGCGUGUAAUGGCCGCCCAGGUGGCGCUGCGGCGACAACAAACUAUGGAGGCGCUCGAGGUGAGCGCCAGCAAUGCACUCCACAGCGAUGAGGAGCCCAGCACGCCGACAAAAAAAUCCAACGGUCCCACUGUCAUAUCGGUGAACACUUUGCGCACGCGUCAAGCCCUAAUUGCCCAAAAGCGCAUCUACAAGCAACGUCUGCGCAACUUACAGCAAUCAACGCUACACAUAACCGCUGCCAUGGAAGAGUACAAGCAACGCUUUCCCACGUUCAACUCACCGCUGCUGGAACGCAUGCGCAAGCGACGCGCAUUCGCUGAUCCGGAACUCAACUAUGCGAUGGAUGCCACGCUGCUUGGUAGUAGCAGUCGCUCGUCAGCUCCUUUGGCUACACCGCCCACACCCAUUGGCAACGCCUUUUAUGAUCUAUUGGGUAAUGCCGCCGCUGCAGCUGCAACAGUCGUGCAUCAACAGCACCACCACCAGCAACCACAAUAUCAAUCCAUGCCGCUUUUCACACAGACGCAUACAACAACACCCACGUCCACACCCACGCCCAAGAAGCCCAAGCUGAGUUUUUCAAUUGAGUCGAUAAUUGGCAAAACGUAG